GUUACGGCGCUGCGGAGGCGGCGGCCAUCUUGGCGCCGGAGCGAUGAGCGGGUCGAACCCGAAAGCGGCAGGCGCGGGCUCGACGGCCGGGCCCCGGGGGCUGGUGGCUGGCAAGGAGGAGAAGAAGAAGGCGGGCGGCGGCGUCCUGAACCGGCUCAAGGCGCGGCGGCAGGCGCCCCACCACGCGGCCGACGACGGCCUCGGGGCAGCGGUUACGGAGCAGGAGCUGCUGGCCCUGGACGCCAUCCGGCCCGAGCACGUCCUGCGCCUCGGCCGGGUCACGGAGAAUUAUUUAUGUAAACCCGAAGACAACAUCUACAGUAUUGAUUUCACCCGCUUCAAAAUUCGCGAUUUGGAGACAGGGACAGUGCUGUUUGAGAUUGCUAAGCCCUGUGUUUCAGACCAAGAGGAGGAGGAGGAGGCCGGUGGAGAUGCGGACACCAGCGCAGGACGCUUUGUCCGCUAUCAGUUCACACCAGCGUUUCUCCGCCUCCGGACAGUCGGGGCUACGGUGGAGUUCACCGUGGGAGACAAACCUGUGUCAAACUUCCGGAUGAUCGAACGGCACUACUUCCGGGAGUGCUUGCUGAAAAACUUUGACUUUGAUUUCGGCUUCUGCAUCCCCAGCAGCAGGAACACUUGUGAACAUAUCUACGAGUUUCCCCAGCUCUCUGAGGAUGUCAUUCGUCUGAUGAUUGAAAAUCCCUACGAGACCCGUUCUGACAGCUUCUACUUUGUUGACAACAAGCUGAUAAUGCACAACAAGGCCGACUAUGCCUAUAACGGAGGCCAGUAACGCCGUGGGACUGGAUGGGGAGUGCUGGGCUGCCGCCAUGGUCCCGGCACCUGGAAGGUUAAAGCUGCCGGAUGUCACAAGCCUGGGACCUGGCCCAGGAAGCCACGGCUGGGGGCAGUUUUCGGUGCUUCGAGAGAGGUGCCAAGCAGUGCAGUGUUCCUUCCCCAGUAUUUCCUCUUCCCUCUUUCCCCUGCCCUUAGGUCAGAGGUACUAUAUAGUGAAGAUUAGGAUAAGGUUCCUCAAGUCCAGAUUAAAAAAGAAAGAUUAUUUUCAUGUAGUCAUAGCUGCCUAGUGGUUGUCCUGACAAGCCUGGGUCUCUGGCAGGGCAGUGCCCGGGCGAGGAGGCUCUGCCCCCUGCAGGUCCUGGGUGCUGUGAGGAGAGGCCAGCCUCUGCCGGCGUCUUCUCCUGUUUCCGAGGUUGCCAUCGGCACAGUCAGACUCAGCCUGUGCAGUUAUAAACCAAAUGGGAAGAAACUUGAAAGGGGGUGGAGGGGAGGAACGGCGCCUUGAGGCCCGAGGGCCGGUAAGGCUGCCACACUGUGGAGAGGCCGCUUACCUGUCUACCUGCAAGGUCCCGGGCAGUCCCCCCGGGACCGCACCGGGUCAGCUGGCAGUGCCGUCCGCCCUCAUCCUGGCGGGGAGAGGAGCUUGCCCUGCUGCUGGCUCCUGACUGGGGACCUUCUGAAACGGAAAGGUUUCACUUUGGAAGUCAUCUCCCUUGCGGCAGAUUAGGCCUCAUGUUCUUUCCAGGCCUCUUUCGGAGGUCGUGUGAGAUGUCAGUGUGACCUGCGGUUAGCCUUCUGCCAGCACAGCUCAGGCCGGGCUCUGGCUCAGGUUGAGGCUGUACAGUCAGCCACGGCCGUUCAGGCCGCACUGGUUUCCGCUCCGCGUAGCCCGGAGGCCUGGCUGUGGGCCGGGUUGACCUCUAAGACUCUGCAGUCUUACUGAGGUUUUCUGUCUGCCUUUCUGCUGCCAUUGUUUCUGGAACCAUUGGGCAGGUCAGAGCUAAGGAAUGCAGAUCUGGUCCUUGGAAUCUUUGGGUGUUUCGCCUGUGCCAGAGAUGUGUGCUCAGAAAAGCUUCCUUGCCCGUCCUGCUACUUCGAUCCUCAGGCCUUUGUUGGAUGGACUCGCCUCCAACAGGUGGUCUGGCGUGGUGACGCUAGGCGCUGUAAGACGGCUGCUGUGGCCAGGCUAUAGCACUGUAGGGAGGCGCUGUAGGGAGGGCCCAGGUAUGUGUAAUAGUCACUGUCACCGACAGUGACUGACAGGAUAGCUGUUUCCCACGCGCUGGGGAGGAAGGCCGAGGGCCAGGGGAGGGGGCCGCACUGGGCCACAGCAGCCCCUGUGCGUUCAUGGGCCGGUGUGGCUCCCGUUUGGAUUCUGGAAUGUGAGCGGUCUUGAGCCUCGGCCUGGUGCUAUAUACCAGGACGGAGUCUGGGCUGUGCCAGAUGCUGAUGCUUUCUCAUCCAGAAAGCCCUGGGUUAGCCCUGUGUGCCAGCACCAGGUCCAACCAAUGAGGGAAGGGAGGCCCAGCACCUGCAGACCGGGAGUCUCAGCCCUGGGGCGGAUACAAACCCAGGUGCCUUACGUGGGCUCUGCCCCCCAUGCUGCUGGGGAGGCUGCGCGCCCCCACCCCCAUCCGCCCGCCCGCAGGCAGACGGUAGCUCUGCCUCUUGCCCUCAUUUGGCUCCGCUAGCACCUCGCGCCUGUUGAGCUUCAGAAGCCCCAUCUGUGACGACCCGAUCAGGAGGGUUCCUCCCCUUUGAUGCUUGGUUUGCAUCAGGAGUGGUUUCUGGAGUGCCUAGAGUUCUGCUCAGUAGAGGGUGCCUUGGAAACGUGGCCCAGGGCAGACUGGUUUGUGUGCGACGGUCUCUCAGCUGCACACAGUGAGCUUUGCGAGGACGAAGGCCAGCAGGGCAGAGGGGCAGGCACUCAGGCAGGAAGUGCGGCGUCCUCUCCCCACCAGCUUGCCUUAGUCUCCCUGGAGACCACUUUGAGGCCAAGCGCUCACACUGCCCAGUAGGACAGGGUUGGCUGUCCUCUGUGCCCGGAUCUGGUGCUCUGUACCUGAGACUGGUUUCUUGGGCCCCUGCUCAGGGAAUCUUGAGAAGCAUCACCACUCUGGGUGUUAACCAGGGUGAGUUUGUAGUUCAAGUUUUUGUUCCUGAAUUGGACAGAGAAUUGGAAGUCAUACUUUCUUUGAAAGUAUCUGAACCAAUCAAAAGUUGAAUCAGGGCUGGAGGCCAACACUAGUGAGGAACUUGGACUGUUGGUGCAGUUAUCUGUGGGUAAUACAAUGGGAGGAAAACGGCCCUGCAGCCUGGCUGGUAGGUUCAGUGGGUAGAGCGUUGGCCCAAGGACUGAAGGGUCCCGGAUUCAAUUUCAGUCCAGAGCAUGUACCUCAGUGGCAGAUUUGAUCUCCAGCCCAGGCCUGGUC